CAAGGGGAAGGAUUAAGCCGACGAGCAAAAAAGACCAAUUAUGGGAGGAGUCAGGAGUUAGCUGAACAGGACGAUAGAGGUCUAGGAAAGCUUUUUUCUGUGCUUAGUUUUUUCUAUUUAUUCAUUUCAGGUCGUGUGUCCAUCCUACAGCAAAACGCCCAAACGCCUGACGCAUAUUCUCACAGGCCGGCAUUACACAUUUUAGUUUAUAACCAAGCGAGAAAGAGGAGGGAGAGAGAAAACUGGAGGCCCAGACAAGACAACGCCCGCACUUUUGUCUUGCAGGCAGAGAGGCGGGGGGAGCUGAUAAAAAUAAAAUGAAGCAUAUAAACCUAUUCUACUUGUUCCUGGAAAUAGAUUCAAGGUGUCACAGAGCAUUUGCCAACCAGACCAAAAAAAAAAAAAAACGACCUUGGCCCGGCAAUUGCUUGGUUGUGUGGAGGCAGAAAGAAGGACCGGAACGAAAAAGGCUGUCUACUGCACAUAUGAUAGCCCGGGACGAUAGAUAUGGAUUUCCUCUCCCCAGAGGGAAGGGCACAGAUCAUCGCAGACUAAUUGCGCUUCCUUCGACUCCCUCUCUGCCUGGCCCUGUCGUCUACGCGUUUAUUUUCCCUGUUCGAGUACGUAUUCCUCAGCUGUCUCCAGUUUAUCCGCCCCAUAUAGUUAAUGUCCCAGCCUUCUUUUUGGGGCCAAAGCAAUGUUCAGGUCCACAUGGACCAACCCUCCAGUUGAACCGUCUGUGCCCUCCACUGUCCCCAGCGAAGCCUUUGUGUGUUCCACUCUGCAACAAGCGUUUCUGCAAAGCGCAGUUCUAUCCUAGACUGCAUGUCUGGACAUGCUCGUUCCUGCACCGCAGCGUACAAGCACCACGCUCAGACUGAUACAUAAACAGCACCCCUUGGAGUUUACUCCAUGGAUUGACAUAAUGGAUGAGCGACAAACAUCUCAGGCACCGCCCAUAACUGGGUCUCGGCUGCAGAAACUAUAGUGUCUUGUCUCGUCUGGUGUUGCAUUUUUAUUUGUUACCCAGAAAUCGUACGGA